AUGGACAACCUGGACGGCCUGGAGAGCGCCCUGUGGGAAGCCCACGGUCGCGAGGCUCGGGCGGCGGUGCUCUUAGAGACACGGAAUCUGCGGCGAACUCACGCGAGUGAGCGAGCGGCCCUCGAGGCCGACCUACAGCGGAGGAGGGAACGACUGGAGGAGGCCUGCAGCAGGCAAGUCCGCACACUUCUGCAGGCGCACAAUGAGCAGCUGACACAGGUGGACCCGACAGCCUUUGCCACCGCAGUUGGAGACGGCGGCGGAAGUCGCGAAGACAAAGUGAAACAUGAUGAGCCGCCGCCUAUGACAACGACAGAUUCUGUAGAAAUACGACCAUUGGCAGGGGCGGCGGCACCUGAGGCGGGUACACGGUCGUCAGAGACCAUCGGUAUUCCUGCUGCUACCCUUCCGACCGUUGCCGAGUGUCUGCAAGAAGCAGGGCGACAAGAAGAAGCACAGACGAAAGACGGUCAGAAGGAGCAAAGGUUCGGACACGAAAGUUUGCCAAGAACUCGUCAUGAGAAGUUGCAACUGCCAUUCGCCGGGAUGGGAUCGGCGGCACCGGUGGUGGCGACAGCGGUGACAGGGGCGGUGGUGGUGGAUCGUACACGAAGCAACAGGGAACUGGUUGGGCUCAGAAGCGACCUGGGUAGGCACCUUGCAGCGGUGGCGCACGUCGUCGACCGAGGCCGGUACUUGAAGGAAGCCACCAGGGUCAUGCGCGAGAUAGAGGAACUGGAGGCUCGGGACAAGACCAACGCUCGUGGAGGAUUCGGAACAAUCAGCCUGGAGAAGGCCACCCUCCUGCAGAAGCAAGCGCAAGCGAAGGAGGUUCAAGCAGACAAACAUAAUCGGCUGCGGCGGGCUCUCGAGAGCUUGGGAGCCGAGGAGCUUCGCCUCCUGUCCGCCCGACAGAAGGGCUCCCUCGGCCGUCUCGCCGCCCGCAGCCGAGAGGGAACACGCCGCCGGCAGAUGGAACUCCGCGGUAAGCUGGCGGUGGUCAAGCGCUCCAUCGCGCGCGAGUGGAGAGAACACAACAGAAGCCAGUGCCGCCGCAGUGGUGGCCUGUUGUCUAGUGAUGAUGUGGAUGAGGGCGCCAGUCGGACAAGGAGGGCCGCAACAAGCCGUGGAGGCGGCGGCGGCGGCGGCGGUAGCAUGGCGUCUUCAGCGGGUCAACAGCAAGAUCCUGUACACGGGAAGAAGCGCGGUGGCGGGGACACGGGAACAGACGUGUCCGAUGUCGGCGAGAGAGAGGCCGAGGUAGAUAUGAUAGAGGAAGGGGAAGGAGACGCAGGUAUCGAAACGGGAGGCGGCACCGAGAGGGGGGCGGAAGAGGCGGGGGCAGGAACUGGAAAGGCUGAAGGACCAAGCGGAGGAAUAUCGGCCACAGGCGUUAGCCUCGUACUCUCGGGGAACCACGGGCCGGAUCACGUGGAGUGCACCACUGGUAGGCUACCCCUCGAUACUGUUGCUGCAGCUGUGGUCCAAGGCAAGUCUGAAAAUGGAACCGGAACAGCCCCCGAUCUCGAAUCCGGCACAAACAAGGCACAAGCUAAAGGUCCGACAGCGGUGCCGGCGACACAGUCAAAUCAGCCUCCAGCACCCACCGCGGGGUUCACCAGUAGGGCUAGCAAGGACCGCGGAGAACGGCGGCUGCGAAGAAGACGAAAGCGGGUCGCCGCCCGUGCUGCAGCGGCGUAUCUUGUGUCUGCCGCGGACACUUCUUUGCCCAAAGACACUGCUGACGAUGCCCUUACUGCUGGUGGUGGGACUUUCGGCGUCCUGAGCGAGGAGGAAGCACAGGCUCUUGCGGCGCUUGGAAGGGGGGCUCCGAGCGAUGCCCGUCUGCUGCUUUUGGCAUCCUCGCCGUCCCCAGCGCGGGACGGUCGGCAGCAGCGUCAACUUGAGCCGUCAUCACGGGCCUACCAAGGCUUAGUGUUGCACGGGGAGAGCGAGCAAACGGCCGAAGUACAACGUGAUGGCUUCGAGAUCGGUGACUAUCAUGGCAACGGAGACGUUGGUGAUGAUUACGUUCUCGGCAUUGGGGGCGUGAGCGGCGGCGGCACCACCACCAGUAAUAGCACCAAGCGCGGGGGAUAUUUGGAAGAGGUGUUGGACAGCGCCAUGGACAAGCUCGCCAGGGAGAUCCAAGCCGAGGAGGACUUGUCGCGUCGGCGACUGGGGAUGACCCCAGUGCCAUCAUGCGCGGGUCUGCACAGCUGA